AUGCGCGGCCAGUGGCUGCUGCCUUUGGCGCUGAGCGCCUUCGGAGCUCAGGCUCUUCGCUAUGAUGAGAGAUAUGUUGACUGGAACCUGAACAUGAACCAGGAAGCGGUAGAUCCUAUGGAGUACUUCACCAUCUACGAGAACCAUACAUACCACCCGUCCCCGGAUAAUUGGCGGUUUCCAUUCUACAGUUUCUUCAUGGAUAGAUUCGUCAAUGGUGAUCCAAGCAAUGAUAAUAGCAACGGCACUGCAUGGGAGCACGAUAUCUACGGGACUCAACUUCGUCACGGUGGUGACACUGACGGCGUGCGGGAUACCCUCGACUACCUCCAAGGCAUGGGUAUUAAAGGUAUCUACCUCGCCGGAAGUAUCUUCUACAACUUCCCUUGGUCGUCAGAUACAUAUAGUCCUCUGGACCACACAUACAUCGACCAACAUUUCGGAACCAUUGCCCAAUGGAGGGAGUUGAUCAACGACAUUCAUGCACGCGGCAUGUACGUUUUGCUCGACAACACCAUGGCAACCAUGAGCGACGUCAUCGCCUUCGAAGGGUACUUCAACAGCAGUACGCCUUGGUCGUUCAAAGAGCAUACUGCUGUCUGGAAAUCCGAUGAACAUUACUCAGACUGGGAGUUCAACAACGUGUGGCAUGAUGAGUGUCCCUACGAGUAUCCUCGCUUCUGGGACCAAGGUGGAGCCCUCAUCCAGAACGAGAACAUCAGCAAGAUGGUUGGUUGUAUGGACAGCGAGUUUGACCAGUAUGGCGAUGUUGGUGCUUUUGGGCAGUACCCUGAGUGGCAAAAGCAACUAUCCAAGUUCAACGGUGUCCAAGAUCGUCUUCGCGACUGGCGCCCUUCAGUCCAGACCAAGCUUCAACACUUCAUGUGUAUGAUGCUCAAGGCUCUCGACUUCGAUGGAUUCCGUAUCGACAAAGCUAUGCAGGUCACUGUUGACGGACAAGGCAACUUUUCGCACGCUAUGCGCGAGUGCGCGUCGAGUCUUGGAAAGUACAACUUCUUCAUUCCAGGCGAAAUUGUCAACGGCAAUGCAAACGGCGCUAUCUAUCUCGGACGUGGCAAAGAGCCUGGCAUGGCCGUCGAGAACAUCACCGAAGCCGCAACUACGAACUCGACUUACAUUCGUGAGGAAGGAUACCAAGCUUUGGAUGCCGGCGCUUUCCAUUACACAAUCUAUCGUGGCUUGAUGAGAUUCCUUGGACUUGAUGGUAACCUGCUUGCUGCAGGUGAUGCGUCUGUCAACUUUGUCGAUGCUUGGCAUACAAUGAUUCAAACCAAUGACUUUGUCAACGCGAAUAACGGCAAAUUCGACCCUCGCCAUAUGUACGGUGUGUCGAAUCAGGACGUCUUGAGAUGGCCUGGUCUCAUCAAUGGCACCGAGAGACAGGUCCUGGGAUCAUUUGUCAACACCCUCUUGGUUCCUGGUAUCUCUAUGGUCUCCUGGGGCGAAGAGCAACUUUUCUAUGUUCUUGACAACACUGCUGCCAACUACGUCUACGGUAGACAAGCUAUGAGCUCUGCUCAAGCAUGGCAGAUGCAUGGCUGCUACAAGGUCGGUGACGAGAACUUGAGCCACUUCCCUGUCAACAGUUCGCUCGUAGGUUGCCAGGAUGAUGCAGUCUCUCUAGAUCACCGUGAUCCGACUCACCCCAUGUACAACUACCUCAAGUCGGGACACGAGAUGAGAAGAAGAUAUCCCGUGCUGAACGACGGGUUCGACGUCCGCCAGCUAUCCAACCAGACUUUUGAAUACACUCUGAAUGGGUCUUUCGGAGUACCCACCGAGACUGGUAUCUGGAGUGUCUAUCGCGGAGAAUUGGAAGGCGCACAGGAUCUCUCGGACGCUGGAACUUAUGGCAACCAGCCCGUCUGGCUAGUCUACAGCAACUACAACGGUUCUAGAAACUACACCUUUGACUGCAGCAGUACCAACGGACAAGCAAUCAUCUCUCCCUAUGAUGCAGGCACCACUGUCAAGAACUUGUACUAUCCUUUUGAUGAGAGAACUCUUGAGCCCUCUCAACAGAAGCUUCACUUCAACGGAUCAACAGAGUACAACGGUUGUCUGCCAUGGCUCAACAUGACCAUGUAUGGUUACGCAGCGUUCGUCCCUAAGGACAUCUGGGAAGCUCCGUCUCCUUCGCUGACCAAGAUGAUUCUUAAUGACACUUUCAUCGGCCACGAUUCGCGUAUCCUAGUGAGCAACGAAGACAAGGAGACUUUGAGCCUGGAACUUCGUUUCUCAGCGGAGAUGGAUUGCGACUCUGUCCGUCAGUCAAUCAACAUUACAUCCACCACUGGCGAUGGGUCGGUAGCAGUCAUUGAUACCGACAGUGUUGAUUGUCUUACUACCGAUCUCCUGGAUGAACCUCUCUUCUACGGCGCUGUGCCGUCGUUCUGGAGGUUUCGUACGAACAUCACAAAUGUUGCCAAUGGUAUCCACACAAUCACAGUCAACAAUGCCACUUCCGCCAGUAAGAAUGCCUUCACUGGAUCCAAGGACCACUUGAUGUUCCGUGUUGGUCAGAUCGACAACCCCAUGGUCUUCCCCUUCAAGGCGAACUACAGCUCGACGCUCCUCUUCAGCAGCAACGACUUGGCAAAGCGUGCAUCUGAGACAUCUGGUACUAAGGAGGAUGCCUUCUAUGUCCAGCACAAGGCUCCUGGUGCCGACAAGUGGAGAUAUACCCUGACUUGGGGCGCAGAGUGGUCUGAUUGGAUGGACUAUCAGAGCGGCAACAGCACAUUGACCAAGCAAAGCUGGGCAGGUACAAAGAGACAGAAGUGGACAGGCGACCAUGUCAAGGUCCAGUACUGGUCUAAGGCCACAGGCAGUAGUGAUCAUCUUCAAGAAGGUGACGUCUAUGGAUCUUCAGAGCACAUGCGUCGCUUCCCACACUUCUUCGUCCACGGCUCGUUCAACGAAUAUGGUUAUGACUCUGGCCUGGACAACAAGAUGAAGCUUGUUGGCAACAGCACCUGGGAGUACGACUUCAUGACCGAAUGGCCGUCUCAGUUCCAACUCAAUGUAUGGGGCAUGACUGAAGAUGGUGUUCCAGACGUCUCCGCCGCCUUUGGUGAUAUCGACAACGAUACUGUGCUUGAUCGCAUUGGCCCAACAUCGCUUGAGAUGUCAGUCGUUAACAUCACCGAUCAUGGACCUGAAUCGCCUUUCCUUGCAUGGCGCAUCCACUUCAGUGAUGCCUCGUUCCGUUACGUUCUCAUUCCCGUUGGCAACCGCUGGAGACAGCUAGCUCUGUUCAUCCUUCUGGCAAUUGUUCCUCCUGUUACAGCCCUCGCUGGUAUCUGGGCAUACCGCAAGGCCUUCUACGGAGUGAAAUUCAACCAGAUUGUCACAGCUGGAGCCAUGGUCAAGCGCAGGACUGUUCUCAUCGGUACCAUGGAAUACGAUAUCUCGGAUUGGAACAUCAAGAUCAAGAUUGGAGGUCUCGGUGUUAUGGCCCAGCUCAUGGGUAAGAACUUGCAGCAUCAGGACCUCAUCUGGGUAGUACCCUGCGUUGGUGGUAUCGACUACCCUGUUGAUACACCCGGCGAGCCGGUCGACGUUACCAUCCUUGGCAAGGUCUAUGAAGUUCAAGUCCAGUACCACAAGCUUGAGAACAUCACCUACAUGCUCCUUGAUGCGCCCGUCUUCAGAAAGCAGUCAGCAAAAGAACCCUACCCUGCGCGUAUGGACGAUCUCGACUCUGCCAUCUACUACUCGGCCUGGAACCAAUGUAUUGCCGAGGCUUGUCGCCGCUUCCCCAUUGAUCUCUACCAUAUCAACGACUACCACGGAACCAUUGCUCCUCUGUACCUCCUUCCUCAGACAAUCCCCGUCUGCUUAUCGCUUCACAACGCCGAGUUCCAAGGUCUUUGGCCAAUGAGAAACGCAAAGGAGAGAGCCGAGGUAUGCUCGGUCUACAACCUCUCAGAAUCUGUCGUUGCCAAAUAUGUUCAAUUCGGCGAGAUCUUCAAUCUGUUGCAUGCUGGCGCUAGUCUUCUUCGUAUCAACCAAAAGGGUUUCGGUGCUGUCGGUGUUAGUAAGAAGUACGGCAAGCGCUCUUGGGCACGCUAUCCUAUCUUCUGGGGUCUCGGUAGCAUCGGUGCUUUGCCUAAUCCUGAUCCUUCAGAUGUUGCUGCAUGGGACAAGAAGGUGGCGAACCCCAAAGACGCUGUUAUCGACGAGGUUUACGAAUCUACCAGAGCCGGUCUUAGACGUCAAGCCCAGGAGUGGGCCGGACUCGAGAUCAAGCCUGAAGCAGACCUAUUCGUCUUCGUCGGUCGUUGGAGUAUGCAAAAGGGCAUUGAUCUGAUUGCUGAUGUCUUCCCGGCUAUCCUCGAGAAGAACCCCAACGUCCAGCUGCUCUGUGUUGGCCCGUGUAUCGAUCUGUAUGGCAAAUUCGCCGCUCUGAAGCUCGAGGUCAUGAUGAAGAAGUACCCAGGACGUGUCUACUCCAAGCCUGAAUUCACCGCUCUUCCGCCCUUCAUCUUCUCAGGAGCCGAGUUCGCCCUUAUUCCUAGCAGAGAUGAGCCUUUCGGUUUGGUCGCUGUAGAGUUUGGUCGUAAGGGUGCUCUCGGUGUUGGUUCUCGUGUCGGAGGUCUUGGACAAAUGCCCGGAUGGUGGUACACCAUCGAGUCUCAGACUACUAAGCAUCAGAUGCACCAGUUCAAGAUGGCUAUCGAUGGAGCUCUGAAGUCAAACUACGAGACGCGUGCCAUCAUGAGAGCGAGAUCCGCCACUCAGCGAUUCCCUGUCGCACAGUGGAAAGAGGACCUCGAGAUCUUGCAAACAAAGUCUAUCAAGAUCCACAACAAGCGUGUUGAGAAGAAGCAGCGCAAUGGCGGCAUGUCUGUCGCCGCAACUCCUUUCGGUAGUGGCUACAACACCCCUAACAUGCCUGGCUGGAUGACUCCCAGCGGAUGGACCACCCCUGGCGCUGGUACACCAUGGGGCAGAGGCACACCCAACCCGUCUAGACCGUCCUCUCCCACUCGCCCUGGAAACACGGCAGAGUCUUCGCCAACGACAUCUCGCAACAAUUCGCUGUCUCUUGGCACCCGCGCAGGUCCAGGCCACGUUCAGACCAGAUCUCGCAGCUUCUCCGGCUCUCGUCCUACACUUUCUCGCAGAAACUCGGCUGAAGUUGGUCAGAGCAGGAACCGCCUUUCCAGAAUCGAGGACGAGGAAGUAGGAAUCUCGAGCGAAGAUGCACAGCAGGCUAAGGAGCAAGCACAAGCAGAGGCUCGCUUCGGCUUCCCCUUCCUGAGCCAUGAUCCAUUCGAGUCUACUCUGACUGUGGACAAGGUUAUUGAGCAAAAGGAAGACAAGACACCUCAAGAUUUGCUUCCAUUCUUCACCGACACUACGGGCUUGUACUAUCGCACCUUUGAGCGCAAACUUGAUGAUCUCACUGGUAAGAACUCAGAGAAUGCCUUGUGCAUCGAGGAUUAUCUGGAGAAGUCCGAGAAGCAGUGGUUCAACCGUAUGCACGACGUGAAGAUGGCCAAGGAGACUCCUGCGGCUACUCGUGCCAACUCUCCUACCGGCGUCGCUUUCGCAAGCAACAAUAUGGACCCCGAGAAGGAAAAUGCCGAUCAGUUCCUGCUUCCUCAGGACUACCAGGCUCCCACUGGUGUCCGUCGCUUGAUGAUGUACAAGAUCGGCGACUGGCCCAUCUACUCCUUCUUCCUUGCUCUUGGUCAGAUCAUCGCUGCAAACAGUUACCAGAUCACUCUGCUUACUGGAGAAAUUGGUGAAACUGCAAGCAAGCUGUACGUUGUUGCUUGUAUCUAUCUCGCCGCUUCGUUGGUGUGGUGGUUUGCAUUCCGUCGUUUCGCUUUGAUCUACACCUUGACACUCCCCUGGUUCUUCUAUGGUCUUGCUUUCUUCCUACUGGGCAUGGCUCCUUAUGCAGCUACCACCUCUGGCCGUGGCUGGGUUCAAAACGUCGCUACUGGAUUCUAUUCUCUCGCCAGUGCUGCUGGAUCAUUCUUCUUCGCGCAAAACUUUGGUAGCACUGGUUCCGCACCUGUCAAGACAUGGGGCUUCCGUGCUUGUAUGAUCCAAGGAACCCAGCAGCUAUACAUCGUUGGUCUAUGGUACUGGGGUGAUAAGCUUUCUUCACUCAGCAACAGCGGUAAGGGUGCAUCCACUUUGGUCACCUACGGUACUACCAUGACAGCUAUUGGUGUCCCGAUUGCUCUAUUCCUCUGGGCUAUUGGUGUUCUCCUCUGGCUUGGCUUGCCUGCAUUCUACCGUCAAGCGCCUGGUGCUGUGCCUUCCUUCUACACAGCCGUCAUGAGACGCAAGAUUAUCGUCUGGUUCUUCAUCGCUGUGUUCGUGCAGAACUACUUCCUCGCUUCCAUCUACGGUCGCAACUGGAAGUAUCUUUGGAGCUCCCAGCACGCACCCGGUUGGGCCAUUUUCCUGUUGAUCCUAUUCUUCUUCGUUAUCGUCUGGGCUUUGCUGCUGUGGUGGUUCUCGCAAUUGAGUACUACGCACUCUUGGUUCAUUCCCAUCUUCGCAAUCGGUCUUGGCGCGCCUAGAUGGUGCCAGAUCUUGUGGAGUUGCAGCAACAUUGGCAUGUACUUGCCUUGGGCUGGCAGUCCUGUGGCCUCGGCGCUGCUGGGUCGCGGUCUGUGGUUGUGGCUUGGUGUACUUGAUUCAGUCCAGGGAAUUGGCUUUGGUAUGAUCUUGUUGCAGACGCUGACGCGCUUCCACAUUACCUUCACUUUGGUCGCCGCUCAAGUCAUUGGUUCUGUGGCUACCAUCUUGUCGCGAGCUACUGCUCCUGACGCCACCGGUCCUGGCGAUGUCUUCCCUGACUUCUCGGUCAAUUGGAAGGAUGGACUUGCCAGUGCAGACUUCUGGGUGUGUCUACUCUUCCAACUCGGUCUUUGUAUUGGCUUCUUUGCUUUCUUCCGCAAGGAGCAACUUUCCAAGCCUUGA